CUAGGUUAGACAUAUAUGGUCACAACUCGCAAGCAUAUUUCUCUUGUUCACCAUUUACAGCAGAACUGGAUCGAGGCUUCCAGCCGGCACUUCCCGAUCCCCAUGAGCGUUCCCAAGCCGCGGCCGCCGACGGCGGCGGAGGUGGUGGGCCGGCUCAAGGACGACGGCGACUUCGACGCCCUUCGCCGCGCCAUCGUUCGGAAGGUCAAAGACAACGAGGUGCUACGCAACCAAAUCAUCUCAGAGGUAAAACAGUCAGUGGUACUACAAGAAGAUGGAUCUGAGAAGUUAAAAUUAAAAGACCUUUCUGAUGCAAUUUAUAAAGAUAUUGGGAGAAAAGUUAUGGGUCAAAUAUCAGAUGAGGUAUGGAAUGUCAUUCAAUCCAAUGAAACUGAUAUAAGGGGAACCGUAGAAGCUGUCUACAACAGGAUACUGAACCCUGAAAAGGCCCCUGAGCCUUCUUCCAAGAAGCUGAAGACGAAAGGCAAAGAGCAACAAGUUUCGCCAGCGAAAACACCAACACCAACCACUGUUGCAGGCGAAGCGGAAGAUGAUGAUCUGUCGGAACCUCCAGGUUUUGGUUUCAGAGAUAAUCAGCGCAAUAACAUUGCAGCAGCAGCGCAGAAACAGCAGUCACCGCCAAAUUUGGAAAAUCAUAAUGAAGGGAAGCCAAAUGGAGGUGAACCUGUUGCUGUGGGAGGCCCAGCAGGUGAUGAUGAUGAUGAUGAUGAUGAUGAUGAUGGUCCUCAGGUGCCCCCUGGAUUCGGCUAAUGCAGCUUGCAAGCUUAAAUGACAGUGCAGUUGUUUCUUAUCGUCAGCAAUGUACAAGAAGGGAAAUGCCUUUUAGUUCCUGUUGACAAGAAGAGAAAUGCUUUAGCUUGUGUUUGCGGCUUGAGAGGUGAGCAGUUGAAAUGAAUCUUGAGUCCUGAAACCUGUGUUAUGGUGGUAAGUCUGUGCGGCCCUGGGAUAAAUGUUGGCAGAUAUGUUGGUGGUUGACAAAGUUUCCAUUCUGUGCGCGGUUUCAAUGUUUCAGUUCGCGCGCUUCUUUCUUCUGAGUUAAAUAUGAUAGUUGUUUGCUUCCUGUACAUAUAUUCCAAAGCGGAGAGCCCAUGGCAAUAUUCCAAAGCGGAGAGCCCAUGUGCCAUGGGAUGCCGUUGCGGCCCAUGGGCUAAUUUCGGGCGACUCCAAACAAAUUGUAUAUAUAUGUUCUUCAGAAUUCCCAUGCUAUACAUGCAAAUUCAUCUA